AUGACUUGGAGGGUUCUGUGUGGCAUCGCCGUGGCGUGGCGUCUUUUCUUGCCUGUCUCUGGUUAUGGCACAACCAUCUCGAUUGGGAUCGUCGAUUGUCCUGCGACAUACACGAGCUCAAGCACCUCAAGCACCUCAAGCACCACGAGCGCCACGAGCAGCGCAUCGGCGACGCCGACGAUUACCCCCAGUGAACCAGUUUAUCUCACAUUCUCCCUGGGUGGCUUCCCCGAGUAUCUCACGGCCAAUGGAACAGUCACAAAUGACAUAGAGCAAGCCGCCUCGUUCGCUAUCUCACCCUCUGGCCAAUUGACGAGUGGGAGCAACUAUGUGUCGACAUCGGGAGAUGUUUCAUCGCAGCCAUUCGCGGCGUCACCCGAGACACCGCUCAUGAAGAGGUUGCCUCGGAUCUUCACGCUGUUCUCCAUAAUAGAGAACGACGUCCUUGUCUGGACAAACGAUGUAUUCGUUGGUGGACAGGCAAUCUUCUGCAUCUCUGGCUCAACUCUUGUCGUGGUCUUCAACGCAGUACCGCCACAAGACUGUCUUGUUGUACAAAUCGGUGUUGUUCCUACGGAAAAUUCAACUCCUUCAACUACCUCUUCGGCUACAGUCGUGUCCCAGACAAGCACAAUCAGCACUUCGACCACGUCCGUGCCCCGGUCAAGUUCAGACAGCACUCCGACCAUAUCAACUUCGACACUGUCCUCAACAGCCAGUUCAGCGUCAACGUCUGGCAGUGUCGGUUCAGUGUCAACCACUGCCUCUACUCCAGAUUCGUCUUCUUCUCCUUCAGGCACCUCAGCGUCAUCUCCCUCGUCGAGCGGUGUGGCUAGCUCGUCGUCAAGUCAUGAGUCUUCCUCCACUCCGGUGACUUCUUCGACAACAAUAUCAGCAUAUCCAGCCCCGACGACGACUGGGACACCAAACUGCUUUGAUCGCUCACCAUUUGACGGCACCGUCAACAAUGACUAUCUGAUUUUGUGUGACACCGACCUUCCAGGCUUCGAUCUCGAUGCUGUUGCAGCCUCUGAUAUCGCCGAGUGCAUUGAUGCAUGUACCUCGUUUGCUCCUGGGUCUCAGGGACCUUGUGUUGCGGUCGAGUUUGACAUUCUUGCGAGUACGGAUCCGUGCCAUCUCAAGUUCGACAUUGGCACUGUUAGCAGGGGAGCCAAUUCAUUUGCACAAGCUGCGAUCGUCGUCAACAAGCCCGAUGCUCCCAACAUUGUUUUUUCGGAUGAGGGAGUUUCCAGCAGCUCAACAAGUUCGAGCGAGCCGUCGACGGUUAUCUCUACAACCUCCACAACGACAACUGCCGUGUCCACCUUCACAAGUUCGUCGUCAGCUCCAUCGGACAAUCCGACUACUUCUGUAUUCAUUCAACCUACUUCUAGUACGCAACAGGAUCUCCCAAGCACCACCACCACCCCGGAUGUCAUUCAGUCCUCUAUAUCAUCAGCUGUUGCAGGAACAAGCAGCCAAGCGGAACAGACGAGCCAGACGAGUCUCAGUUUUAUCCCUGCCAGCUCGUCUGUGCCAAACACUACACCUACCAGCCAACAGCAGUCCAGCACGCUGAGCACGUCGAGCACGUCGAACACCCCUGGAAGUUCUUUCAGUCCUUCUAGCAGCGUAAAUCCUCCAAGCUCUUCACCGGGUUCAAGUUCUCCCACCUCAUCAACCAUCUCUGUCAGUGUUAGUCCUCCGUCAACUUCGAGUCCGGCUACGACGAGUCUGUCAACCUCACGAUCGAGUUUGUCACCGGUGGCUCCCUCGCCGACUAGCAGUGCAAGCACCACUGUCACUUUUGUAUCCACAACUGCAGUGUCCUAUUGCUCUGCAACUCCCACGACGACCAGUCUAUGCUCCACCUACAACCAUCAAGCACUAAAUGUUAAUAGCGACGGCUACUGCUAUGAGGUCGAAUGUGCAACCGCACUGCAGGGUUCUAUCCUGACAGGCAACUCGACGACGGCUACUUCACUCAAGAACUGCGUCGGUUUCUGCACAAACUAUAAUGUGGCACUGCCAUUUGGAUGUGUGGGUGUAAGCUAUCUUGGUUCAUCGAGCGGGAGCGGACCCAACUGCCUUCUUCUGUCUGGCAUAACUGGGACGAUGUCCAACCCGAACAUCGACAGUGCUCGUCUGCUUUAUGCAGGAUAUCCCUCGAUCAACGAUCCAAUCUUCACGCCUACGAGUACGACCACGCAGGCUCCAGUGUCCUCGCCUUCCACGCCCUCGUCAUCCCUUGCUGCAUCGCCCUCCACAACCGCAUCUACAACGUCGUAUGUGCCUGCCACUUGCUCAGCCGCCCCGACUGAAUCAGCAUCAGCGUGCCCGGGAAAUUCUCCUGCGUGCUAUUCCUAUAAUUUCCUCGGCAACAAUGCCAACUUCGAAAUAGAAUGCGCUACAGCAUUCGCAGGAUCAACGGGGCAACCGCUUCUGACGUUCGACCUGACUGACUGCAUCAACCAGUGUCAGUAUGCCAAUGCCCUUCGAGCGAACAGUUGUCUUGGGGUGACGUUCAUGGUGACAGAAGUGAGCCAAGGGUCGACCAACAACUGUUUCCCUUACUCUACCUUGACCUGUGCGACUCGAGGCAACGCUACUUUCAACAGUGCCCGGAUGCUAUAUGCCGGGUAUCCGCAGAUGACUGAUUAUGAUGACCCGAGUUUCGUCUGUGGUGGCUCUGGGGCAACAACGUCUGCCACCGGCGUCGCGUCUUCAUCGAGCGCGGGAACUUCGAGAGCGUCGACCACAACCAGUUCGACACGGGCGAGCAGCUCAGUUUCUACAUCUUCGACAACAGAUCUUUCUCAGGCCUCUUCCACCAACUUCCCGCUCGCAUACCCUCAGGAUCCCAUUUGUAACAAUAACCUCAUGUCGAAAUACGAAGGAGGGCAAGUCUCGGUCAACCCAGUCCAACGUCGUUACUACGACAUUGAAUGCGCGGCCGAUUAUACCAAUCCAGGCAAUAAUCCCUUCGGAGCCACGACACAGCCAACCUAUAACAGCUGCGCAAAUCAAUGCGACAUAGCGGCAGGACAGAGUACUCCCUGCUUUGCUUUUUCAUGGUCAACCAGUUCUGGCCUGUGCACCUUGUUCGGGCGGGUGAGCAACGGGGUUCAACUUACAACCAACAUGACCAACACACCGGGCACCCAUUCUGGCCGGUGGCUUGCCACGACAGUCGGGAGCACCACGAAUCCUCAACCUCUACAACUGUAUCUCGCAAGGCCCAUUCCGUUCCCCGUGGGCCCGAUCGCGGCAAACUCGCAAACAAACCGCGACUACCCCGGCGGCACCAACACGUAUUUCAACACCUGGUCCGACACGUCGCACGCCACCGUUCUGGACCUCUCGUCCCAGUACGGGAUCCAAUGGAAGAUCUUUGACCAAGUCCAGGCCAAGUUGUGGGUCACGGCCAACUUUUGGUUCACAAACACCCCCUUGGGCGUCACCGCCGCAACACAGAACCAGUGGAGCGCCGGUUCGCGCAACAGCGACACCGCACCCUUGGUGUUCCCGGCCGGCAAUCUGCCGGGGUACACGCUGGCCCCGUUGUGGACGUACGGGCACAUCCUCGGCGCCUCCCAGCAGGGGAUAUACUACCAGGUGGACACCAUCUCGACGGGCCGGUACGGCGUCUCGAUCGAAUGGUUCUUCAGCCACUUCGGCCAGGACAACAACGUCUUCCACGCCGUCACGACCUACGACACGGGCGUCCCCGGCGUGUGGAGCACCUACUUUUUCCUCUCGGGCGCCGCGUCGGGCCAGAACGAGGACCAGGGCCUGCGGCAGUCGGUCGGCGGUCAGGGCAACCCGGACAGCUUCACCCAGUUCUUCACCUACUGCGCCGCCAGGCAGGACUGCGUCCUUCCGGGCGCCAAGAUGACCAUGGACACGACAAAGUUUGACGUCUCCCAGGUCAUGAAUUACACGGCCGCCCUGUUCAACCCGGCCACUUAUGCAGUCGGCACUUGGACAUGGCAGACGAAGCCGUGCUGUUAA